AUGUGUCCGCUCAAUAGUGCCAAUAUCCGCGCAUACCAUCGACCCCACAAGGCGUAUCGGAGGAACCCGGUGACGAGAAGGACAAAGGCCCUCCCCACUGGUCAAGUUCGGCCUGUUGAGGCUUCGAAGCCUGAGAGCACCAUCUCGCCUCUUCGUGAGGUGAAAAAAUGGGCCUUGCAAAAGGCCCUGGAUGCUCUGCUCUUGGGUGGAGUUGCCUUGACAGGCUGGAACUUCUGGGGCAAAGCCUUCGAUUGGGUCAGCCGCAAGGCUGCCCCUUUCGAAGGUUGGCUGCCCCAGCCACACAGUGGGGAGCGGGACCCCUUCUUCGAUCCUUAG